AGCUCGUCCUAAUUAUUCAACUCACUGAAAUUUCAAACAUUUUGACCUUUAUUAUGCAUUAUUAAAAAAAGAAGAAAGAAACAUCACUUAUUUAUAUAUAUUACCCAUAAUCCCAUACCCAUUGAGUUUCAUUAUAUUUCAUCCGCCAGAGUCACCGUCAACCACCGCUCACCGUCAUGGCUAAACCACCGCCACUCCUCCUCCGCCUCGCAGCGGUGCUACUAACAUACGCCGUCUCCGCAGUACUCUCCCUUCCGCCCUGCCCCCCUUGCGGCUCCACCUCCGUCCCCUACCCCCUCAGCACCGCCCCCAACUGCGGCGACCUGUCGUACAAAAUCCGCUGCAUCGACGGCGGCACACUUAUGUUCGACUCCUCAAACAACACAUACCCAAUCACAUCAAUUUCUCCUUCAAGUCAACGCCUGGUCGUCGCGCCCUCAUCCUUCCUCCCCAACACCUGCGUCGCAGCCGAUCUCCCCACCAACGGGUUCCAGCUCAACCCGUCGGCCCCCUUCAACAUCACCAGCAGCAACACCAUAUUCUACCUCAACUGCUCCGACUCCAUCGUCAACUCCCCUCUCAACUGCACCUCCACCAGCCUCUGCCACGUCUACAGCAACGCCUCCGCCGCCGAGUGCCGCGCCGCGCCGUGCUGCGCGUUCCGCGCCGGCGGGUCGACCACGUCGUACAGUAUACGGGUCAGGGAUUCGGGUUGCCGGGCGUACAGGAGUUUCGUCAAUUUGGACCCCACCGUGCCCGUCAGCGGGUGGCCGCAGCCCGGCGUGGAGUUGCUGUGGAUCCCGCCGCCGGAGCCCACUUGUGGUGGGCAGUCGGAUUGCGGGUCGGGUUCCACAUGUGGGCCGGAUAGGAGCCCGAAUGGUGUGGUGAUCAAUAGGUGCUUUUGCAAUUCCGGGUUGCGGUGGGACCCGGUUGCCGGAAUCUGUGCUCAAGAGUGCCAAAAUCCUGAUGGUUGUGGCCAUGAUCGAACUGCACUUAUUGCAGGUCUAACUGUAGGCCUCGGUGUGGCACUCAUAGCAUCAUCGAUCGGAUUUUGGGUCUACAAUCACUACCGUCGCAUAAAGGAAGAGCAAGAACGCCUCACACGAGAGCGGCAAGAGAUCCUCAACUCCGGGGGCGGAAACCCCUCGAAAAUUUUCACUGGGAAACAACUAAAGAAGGCAACAAACAACUUCGCCAAGGACCGCCUCCUCGGCUCCGGCGGCUACGGCGAAGUCUACAAGGGCCUUCUAGAAGACGGGACCACUGUCGCCGUUAAGUGUGCAAAAGUUGGUAACACCAAAAGCACCGACCAAGUCCUGAACGAGGUCCGAAUACUCUGCCAAGUCAACCACAAGAGCCUCGUCCGCCUUUUGGGAUGUUGUGUCGAGUUAGAACAACCGUUGCUCGUUUACGAGUACAUUCCCAACGGGACUCUAUUGGACCACCUUCAAGGCGGCGGUAGUAACCGAGUCCUUCUUUCCUGGAAAAGAAGGCUCGGUAUUGCGCAGGCAACUGCAGAGGGGCUGGCUUAUCUGCACUCCUCUGCAGUUCCUCCGAUUUACCAUAGAGAUGUGAAGUCGAGCAAUAUCUUGCUCGACGAGAAGCAGAACGGAAAGGUUUCGGAUUUCGGGCUAUCCCGUUUGGCGCAUGCGGAUAUGAGCCACGUGUCGACUUGUGCUCAGGGUACGCUGGGAUACCUUGAUCCAGAGUAUUACAGGAACUAUCAGUUGACGGAUAAGAGCGAUGUUUAUAGCUUCGGUGUUGUGCUUUUGGAGCUUUUGACUUCUCAGAAAGCGAUCGAUUUCAAUAGGGAUUCGGAGGAUGUGAACUUGGCGGUUUAUGUGCAGAGAUUGGUGGCGGAGGAGAGGGUGAUGGACGCUGUGGAUCCGAUGAUGAAGGAAGGGGCGAGUGGGUUGGAGUUGGAGACUAUGAAGGCGUUGGGGUUUCUGGCGGUGGGGUGUUUGGAGGAGCGGCGGCAGAAUAGGCCUUCCAUGAAGGAGGUGGCCGAGGAGAUUGAGUAUAUUAUUAGUAUUAUGAAUGCUAAGGCUGCAGAGUGAGACUAGUAGUUAAUUUUCAGUUGUGUGUGUGUGAGCUAUCUGAUUAUUGUAUAUAUAUAUAUAUGUUUGUGAGUAGCAAAUAAAUUUAUGUUGAUCCUUUUGAAUGUCUUUA